AUGGAAGGUGUCAAUGUUGCUGAAUUGGUGGAUCGCCUGGGGAGUGAGGAGGAUGCCGUACGCAAAAUGGCCGUGUUCAAGCUUCAGGGCAAUAUUGGAGAUCCAUCAUUCGCCGACCUGUUUAUUACAGAGGGAGGAUUGACUCGUCUGCGCUAUUUGACAUUGCAUGCCAGUGGGAAUACUCUGGCUUACAGUUUGACGAGUUUUGCUCGACUUCUCGAGGUCGAUAAGGGUUGGGAAUGCGUUGAUCAGGAACUGGUCGAACGAAUUGUCGAGUUAAUCGUCACCCAUCCUUUGGUCAACAUCCUCCGCGGCGCCAUGUCGAUUCUCGUAUCGGUCGUCUCUCAUCCACACACCGGGUUAAACCCAGCAGAGUCCGACGUAUUUGGCUUCCGAGCCCUGAAACCUGCGAUCGCGAUUUAUCCACAAUUCUUAGAGAUGCUGGUCAGUCGCUUGUCGUCCGCAGACCACGCUCUAUGCGCCAAUGCGCUCCAAUUGAUCAAUUCCCUCAUGCGCGAUUCCAUCACCUACGAUUCCGAAGCCGAGUGGCCGAAAUUCAUCCAGAAACUCCAAGAUCUCGGCGUUAUUCGAGCCGUCUACGUCCUCAUGCAAGAUUCGGCUCUUCAAGAUCUCGCACCCCCAUUGCUGGAAUUCCAAUCCCUCACCAAGGUGCUUCUGCGGAAAUGGAGAGAUAUUCCCCUGAGUCAGGAUAAGCCCGAGCACCGACGUGCAUUGAAAGGAAUCCAUCUAGCCAGCAACCCUGCCAAGAGACCCGAGGAAGCUACAGAAAACGGAGGAGAUGAUACACGGCGCUCCAAACGACACCACCCGGAGAAAUGGCGGAGACUUGGAUUUGAAUCGGAGAGUCCUGUUGCGGAGUUCUAUGAGAUGGGGUAUUUGGGUAUGAUGGAUUUGGCGGACUAUGUGCGCAGUCAUCAGGAUGAAUUCCAGAAAUUGCUCCUUGAGCAAUCUACAAAACCGUCGCGCCAGCGAUGCCCUAUUGCGCAGGCUUCUCUGGCGGUGACAUCUAUCUUAUACGAGCAUUUUGAGGUGGACAAGUCCGAUAUGGAUGAUUCAAAGAACUAUAUGCUUAUGGAAUCCCGAUCUAGUCUGGACAAGUUGUUCAAGCCACUGCUCCUCCAUUGGACUCGGCUGCAUGUUGCGGGACUACAAGCCUUUUUCCGAAUGUGGAAAGCUACGGCUGCUGAGACAGAAGAUCUAGACAAGCUUGUGGAGAUGGUUCGCAUUCUGAUUGAGUCGGUCGUUGGUGGAGCGGGUCGGACGAAAGAUGUCCAAGAUGUCGAGGAGGAAUUGGCGAAUUACGAAUAUCACCGAUUGAGGGAACUUCAAAUGGAGCUGUUGGAACUUACUUACGAGGAUGCAUGGGGGCAACACUUGCGACAAGUGCGCGAGGAACUCCACCAUGAAGCUCUACAAUUCGUUAAAGAGCAACGUAUUCGUUGCUUGCUACAGGGGGCCUGGUUUCCGCUCGACUCGACAUCGAAAUCUGAACCAGGCAACACACGGCCCACGGGCUCAUGUCAAUAUGUCCAGUUAUCUCACAACCGGCGAUAUCUACAUUUUGGGGAGUUCGAUUCAAUGGGCGAGGGAGCCCCAGAGCUGGACACUUUGCCUGAAAAGAUUGAUCUCUCUAUCGUCUCAUCGGUGGUCUCCAAUAUCUCCACCAAUCCCGACAAUUCCUCCUCAGCCACGGUGAAGACCGCCCCUCGCCAGGCCUCUACCAAGAUAACAAUCCACGGCUAUGCACAGACCUCGACUGGAACUGCUCAUUCCAAGAGCCACGGGCAUGCCCGUACAGGGAGUCGAUCUACACAAAAAGAGACGGUCUUGCUCACACUCCGACCUGCUUCCCACAGCGUUGCCUCCGAAUGGUUAGAUGGGCUUCUUAUGAUUCUUAACCAGCAACCAAUUACCUCAGAAACAACAAAGCUUAUCGAUUUAGUCGGCAACUAUGGGCUGAAGAUCCGUCUACUCAAUGUUCGAUUCGAUGACGCCGCAUUUGCUGGUGAGGUUCCGCCAGUCCCUGCGCGGGAUGGUUUAGACGAAGAUUACUAUUAUGAUGUCUUUGGGGGUGUAUGA